AUGUCGAUUCCGGCAGAAAGAGAGAAAAAUAUUGGUGAACGAAAGAAUGGAUACGAGUAUUCGAUCGUUGUAAUCAACUACAAACCAGGACUGAAAUUCGGAUUGGGAAUCAAGAAUGUCUACAAAAAUGUGUUUGUGAUCAAAGCUGAUGAAAAUUCAUUAGUAACCGGCCUGUUCAAUGUGGCUGAUCGUAUCAUCGACGUAGAUGGUGAACCGAUUGCUGAUAAUCAAAAGUGCAAAGUUCUUUUGGUGAAAGCACUGAAAGAGAAGAAAAUAACAUCUUUAUUGAUUGAGAGAGGAAUCACUGAGAAAGCACUCAAAGAUGCAACGGAUGAAAUGAAUGAAGAGCACAACCAAUCUGUAAUGGCUCCACCGGAUGUCAGAAGCAUUAUGAGAAAACUCGAAGCUCACCAUCAUCUUCGUAAAUCGCCAUCAUUGGAAAGUGCAGCUGCGGCAGCUCCAGUUCCAGUUGUUCCUAGUGCCAUGACGAAAAAUAAGGACGGAAAGGGUGAACGACGAGCAUGUAUUUUGGAAGACGGGCACAAGUCUGUGAUCAUUCGAAUGGACAACGAAGAAAAUCGGGAUAAACUCAAGAAAGUCGAGCCAAAAGAACCAAAGAAGUUGGAACCAAAGACGCCGCCCAAACAAGAAAAGGCAGAGCCCAAGCCUGAAGCGAAGAAUGAAGCAAAGCAACCUGAAGGGAAAGCUUAA